GACGAUAUUUCACCCCUAACGUCAGUCCUUGAGUCGGUAACGCGCGCGACGCACCCGCGUGCGUUCCGCGGCUGCUAAUUCCCUUUUUUGCGCCCCCCAAUGAUUUCGAUCAGUAGCGAGUGUCAAUGGUGUCUUUGCGGUGGUCUUAAAGUCCCGGAGCCAGAUGAAUCUCAUUCGAUGAAAAAUUUGAAUAUAAAUAUAAAUAAAAAUAAAAGUAAAGAGAUCAAAAGAGAGAGGACGAGGAUGUCCUCGGUUGUACGCUGAUGCGUGUGUCUUAUAUCUGUGAUUUAACGUGGUUAUGUGUAAUCCCACUUACAUAUACAUAAGAUUUAAUAAGAGUGUGUAGAGUGACCUGGAAGUGCCGUUCGGUUGUAUUAAAUAAUAACAAGACAUCGCCCGGACCUUAAACAAGAAACAAUGGAGAUCCUCUGGCUCUGCUUGCUAUUUCUUCUCCUCGGCGCUGAUUUUGGUUCCUGUGCGAAGAAGAAAGGAAAGGAUUACUACGGAACACUAGUAGGGAACUUGAAACCAUACGCUCACAGCAUAAAGGGAACAGUCUACGUGAUCGACGAGUCAACGAUAUUCGUAAAAGGAUUUACGUACGAUGGAACUGCACCUGACGUAUUUUUCUGGGUCGGGAACACGACUUCGCCGACUCCGAUGGGAGAAAUAGUUCCGUACCCAGAAAAUUACGCCGGAAGAGAACCUCAGGUGCUCAAGGCGUAUCACAACGAAAACGUCGUUCUGAAGCUACCACAGGGCAAGAAAAUACGCGAUAUCAGAUGGCUCGCUGUUUGGUGCAGAAGAUUUACGGUCGACUUCGGGGACAUCGUAUUCCCGGUGCAUCUUGAAAUUCCACGGCCCCGAGUGCUGCCCGAGUUUUCCCGGCUGGCUCACGGACUCCGGAGCGGAAACAUAAGUAUCCUAGAUAGCAAAACUCUGUACAUACCGAACCUACAUUACGACGGAGCUGGACCCGAUGCCUACUUCUGGGUUGGAACGGGGCCAGAACCCAACACAAUGGGCUUUAAAGUUCCCAAUGAAGUUGGAGGACUGACAAAGCUGCGGGGCUACCAAGGAGAGGAUAUUGAAAUCGUUCUACCGGGAAAUUUAACUGUCUUUGACAUCGAUUGGUUGUCUGUUUGGUGCGUGCAGUACAAGCAUAAUUUCGGGCAUGUAAUGAUCCCGAAAGACCUAGACGUUCCGCCUGCCCUUGGACAGACUAAAAUCACGCCUCCGUGGUGGUAUAAUCCAACGAGCAGCAGCCCGCCGAUAGCGCCAAUGCCGCCGAUAACGCUCAACGAGCUGAGCAAUUGCAAGGAACUGUUGGACGGCAGAGUCCAGGUCCAGUGGGAGCUGAUGGGCGAGGAUGUUCAAAUCCGCGUUUCAGGGAGGAUAAGAGAGGACCAGUAUAUCGCUUUCGGGUUGUCAGGGCGAGAGGGCAGGAGGGAAAUGAUUGGCGGAGACGUUGUCGUAGUUGGUUACGAUAAAAGGAAGAAAAGAUUCUUCGCUGAGGAUUAUUAUUUGUCGGACCUUGCUCAGUGCGAUGGCAGAAGGGGCGUUUGUCCUGAUGAACGCGUCGGUGGUAAAAAUGACGCUGUUCUUAUUGACGGUGAACGUAAAAACGGCGUUACUACAGUAACCUACAUGAGACCAUUGAGUACAAACGAGCCAGAAAAAGAUCGAAUGAUCCCAAACGGCGCAACAAGCAUAAUAGCAGCAAUAGGAACUCUGAAUAGCCGAGGAGAAGCUAACUCGCACACACAAAGUGACAGAACAGACGAAGAUAUAAAGAUCGACUUUACAUCAAAGAACGUCCACGAGUGUAUAAAUUCCCUGUACGACAUCCCUAACGAGGAAAUAGAAUUGGACGCCUGGCCAAUUGAGACAAUAAUCGACGAGAACAACCUGACCGCGAGGAUCGGGCAAACUGGAGGAAAGCGCGGCUAUUCGAAGAUAACUGGCCAGCCUUCCUGGGGAAUCUGCUGGUACAUAAACGAUCUCCUGAUUCCUGAGAUAACCGUAGAACGUGGGCAGACUUACACCUUCAUCGUGGAGGGCGGCGUUGACCCAUCAAAUCCAGCGCGCUACCAUCCUUUGUACAUUACUGCAAGUCCAGAAGGUGGUUUUGGCCAGAAGACCGAUGAGCAGCAAAGAGAUGAGCGGGUCUUUGCCGGAGUCGAUUGGAAUGAUGAAGGAUAUCCUUAUCCUACUGCUGCUGGGCGGUUUUGUGAGUGGGCUCACAAAACUGUUGAUAUGAGCGAAAAUUCCCUUACUUUUGCCAGCUUCUUCGAUACCCUCAGGCUUGAUUGUGAUCAAGGAGAACCUGCUAAGCUUGUUUGGACCGUCGCGCCUGAUACUCCUGAUCUUGUUUAUUACCAGUGCUACACCCACAAAAAUCUAGGUUGGAAAAUCCACGUUAAAGAUCCAGGAUAUAAAUCUGAAUUGACCGCCGCAUCAGACAGCAUAAUGCCAAGCUCACUCAUUACACUCUUAAUAAUCACUGGCAUUCAUUCUCUCCUCAGAUGAAUCGUCUCAAUUUAAAUUCCCUUUUAAAAUAAAGACCGUUAAAUUUCAAGAUAUAAAAGACGUACAAUUAAAACUGAUUAAAAAUAUAAAUACAAUAAUUAUAAUAAUUAAGAAAAAAAAUCACAAAAAGAAAGAGCAAUUAAGAGAAAUUAUAAAAAAAUAACUAUGAAAGAUUUAAAAAAAAAAAAAAAACAAGGUUGUAAGAAAGUAUUUAGAUUUUAAGGACUUAAAUCUUACGGAAGAAAUUAGAAGAUAUUUUUAAGACCUAUCAGAUUCAAUAUUUCAUAUAUUAAUAAUAAAUAAAUAAAUAAAACAUAUGUAUACAUUUAAAUAGGAAUUAACGUCCGUUUAAAAAAAAUAAAAAUAAUUAAUAGGAAGGAUUUAUAAAAUAAAAAAAAAAAUAAUGACAAUAAUUUUGAGGAUCUGAAGAUCAUGACAAUAAUUUAUAAAAAAAUAAAUUGAUCUAAUCGGAGUUCAGAAUUAACUUAUAAAGACAAUACGACGAAAUGGCGACAAUAAAUGAAUUUUAAUUAAAAAAAAAAAAAAAAAAAAAAAAUACUUAAUAAGUAUACCUAAGACCUUCCU